AUGUUCUUGUUAGAAUUCUGGGCUUCCACGACGGUCUGGCGCACAGUGUCCUGUCUCGCCUUUGUUCUACUUGGCAUGUUGACUUUCAACAGUUGGCGAACAGUGUUCGCCUUGUUAGCUCAAUUUCAUCGCAGCGCUUUGUCCCAUUGUCUCCCAGAGAAUGCCCACAAUGGCAUUGUCGAACAUGUGUUCAUAUAUGGCAAUCAUAUCUGGUACAAUCCAGCAAGUCAGAACAUUACCUUUUUCAACACGAUGGCAUCACCAACUUCAUUACAGGCGUCUCACUCAUCAUCGCAUUCUGCACUUCCACCAACGCAACGGACUGAAUUACGCAGAUAUGGUGGUAUAAAUGCUCUCAUCGCCGCAUGCAACAGCGAUGAUCGCUUCAAGCUCCUCGAAGACGAUGCUGUGCGAUCUGGCAACCUAGAGAACCCCAUACACCCCGUAUUCAGUUCUCUCGCCCUGGAUAAAACAAGCAAUUACAUACAGGCCAUGCGUUUUGCUUCCCAUCUUCUUACUCACGAGUCUCUUCUCAUCUUCUUCAUACCGUUGUUAUACGGGCGACAAUUGACUACCUACAUGGAUGGAGUAGAGAGGACCUAUUUGUCUGAUCCCCUCGCCAAUGUUUCUAACCAGCAACAGCAAGAGUAUCUCGAUGGAGUACGGGAAGCUCUACACUGCCUUGGUCAUAGUACACGAAUCGAAUUUGUCCCGCCGUUGCACAGAGUCUAUGCUCGAACAAAGCGAACUAGCACAAAACCGGCACACACAACGAAAUGCUGUUCUCGUUUUCAAAGGAUGUGGUCACCGUGCAUUGAGAUCGUAGAUUACUUUAAAACGUACUAUGAAAAGGGGUAUAGUAACGCCUCGAGAUGUGAGCAAUUCCGGCAUGAUUUUCUUUUUGCUAUCACGCUUGUUCAUGAAAUCAUCCAUGCUUUUGGUGUGCUACAAAGAGGUAAUUUGUAUGAACCAUACAUCCGCGCUGACGACCCUAAUGCCGAGUGGGGUUGGGCAUGGGAGAACUUCAUGUUCGGCUGCAUUAUCAAUCCCCUGCAGAGAUCACUACCCGGCACACACUUACUCAUGCGCAAGAUCUGGGCUGAUGACCAAGCGGCCAAAGCAGCCGGAGGGAAAGAGUAUUAUGAUGUACCAAUGGCUUGGAUCGCGCAAUGGUUUCGUGAAGAAACGUGGCACAUUGUCGCGGAACGAGGACCAGCAGCCAUUGCGCCGCCCACGACACACUUCAAGAUACAGUCAUCUGAGAGACUGGGCUCCUGGAUCAUAAGUAGUGAUCUAUACGACGUCAAAUACGAUCUACUAGCUCUCCACAAUCUGUGGAAGGCGCGAGGUGAUAACCCUUCCCCGACCUUGCCGAACAAGGCGUAUACACCUCCAGUGGCCACAUCGCCGCCACUCCCUGCUGUCCGAUCUCGUUUGUCUAGGUUGCUUUGGCGUUUCCAAAGUACAGAAAAACUGCAAAAGUCAAACGUGAAAAUACCAGUCCGAGAACGACGGCGAGUGAUGACGUGUACAGGAUGCGGACAAUUCCUACCCAACAUGGGACAGAGAACAAAUUCGAGCACACAACAGCUUACCCAAGACCCUCAGGGACUUUUAAUAUCUGAUGAAGCCAUGGCUGAAUGUACCUAUUUGUGUUUGUGUGGGCCUUCAUGCCAUACUACGGCUCGAUCAAGGUCUGGCACCCCUUCCUCAAAUGCUUCAUCCAAACGAUCGCAUGAUUCAGAUGGUGCAGAGGAUCGUUCUUACAAACGAAGGAAAACUUCAAUUUAA